GGUACUACCCAAAAUGCACAGCGAGCCUUUCCGUCAAACACGUAAACAUACGAGUUUCUUAACGCAUUCAUGUCCCCGUCGGAACUCGAAAUGUCCAACUUGCUAACUGGUUACACGCGGCACGUGUACAACUAUCCAUUAGCAAUACGGAACUUCCUAGUUCCGACUAAUAUCGAACGCGGCAUCUGUCCUGCGUGUACGUUUGCGGCACAACAGAUUGUAGGCAAAUAAAAACGGUGCCCGGUGAUGCUACGUUACAAGAAAUAAACUACUUUGCGGUUUCCAGUGAGUGUGUAGAGCUAGCCAGCUGUAUGAUGUCAAUGGUCUUGUUUGCCUCUGUGGUGCGGGUGGUGGACGGUCUACCCCUGUCUGCCUCCACAGACUACGAGCAGGACAAAGGCCUUCAGGAAACCAAGAAGCAAGUCAAAGCACUGUCUAAGAAACUCAGCCAGUUCCCUGACCGAUGCACUCUGAAGGCUGGACAGUACAAUAUCAAUUUCACCUGCUCUCUGGGUGUUGGUUAUCUGAUGGUAUGUACAGAGACCUACCCCAACGUCCUGGCCUUCUGUUUCCUGGAUGAGCUGCAAAGGGAGUUCAUCGUCACGUACGACGCCAAGCGUGUUAAUAGCGCUGUGAGGCCAUACUCCUUCAUCGAGUUGGACAACUUCAUCCAGAAGACGAAGCAGCGCUUCAACAGCCCCCGCUCUCUGUCCACUAAGAUCAACCUGGCCGACAUGCAAACAGAGAUCAAACUUCGACCGCCCUACCAGCUGUCCCCUGAGGACCUAGGAUCCAUCAACGGCUUCUCAUACCACACCCCCUCCAAGUACAAGGGCAUAACUCCCAGCCAACAGCUUGAUCCUGUGACUCUACCUGGCAUCGUCUCCUGUGUGCUGAGCAUCCUCUGUGGAGGUCUCAAUCUACUCCGAGGGGUUCAUGCUAUAGAGAGCACCAUACAGAACGACGACGAAGACUUUAAUUACGUGAUUGCCUUUUUCCUGGGCACAGUAGCCUGUCUGUAUCAGUGUUCCCUGUUUGCGUACUUCUCUGUGUGGAGGAACAGUAAGUCAUUCCUGGCCUUCGCCCUGAUCUGUCUGUCCAACAUGUACCUUUAUGAACUGAGGAACGUGUGGCAGAUCCUCUUCCAUGUGACUGUAGGGGCCUUCAUGACACUACAGAUCAGACUGAGGCAGCCGCAGGGCAAAGCUCCGGACUACAACGUCUGACAAAAACUACAACCACGAGACUUACAGUCAAACAAUAAGAAAUAAACAACUUCAGUGUCUGACAAAACCCAACAAAUAUAGUAAUUUUACAACCAACCACCAACAACAAAACCAUGUCUAAGGCUAAGGAGCAAAGAAGUGACUCUGCUCCUGCUCUCUUUAUCAUGUUUCUUCCCCACCACAGCUCAGGACUGUGAGCCAGCCUGGCCCUGCCUCAAUCCCGUUGGAUGCUGAGCUCACUUUAGCGUGGCCUCAAAGUGAUACGGCCCAAUAGGAUUAAUGGGUGGUGCCAGUACAGCCAAAUAAUUGGCUAAUAAUAUUCAUAUGAAUAUGUUUGGGGUAACCAUCAGGAGUCUGAACAGGGGUUUCUGACUUAAAUUGAAUCUCUGGCAUCACAGACAUGUAUAGUUGAAGUAAUUUAGCAGACGCUCUUAUCCAGAGUGAAUACAGGAGAAAUUAGUGUUAAGUGCCUUCCUAAAGGGCAUAUCCACUUUUUUUAUUUUUACCUAGUCGUCUUGGGGAUUCAAACCAGCGACAUUUUGGUUACUGACCCAAUGUUCUUAACCGUUAGGCUACCUGCCACCCCAGUAUCAUAUGUUAUUAAAUCUCUUGGCUCGUAAAGAUUUGUUUUAUUGAUUUUGAGAAUAAUUUAUUCAAAAUAAUGUGUAUGAUCAUGUCACACCUUCCAUGUACUUUGUUGCAGGCUUCAUGAAUAUGCGAUUGCUUGAAAGCUGAGUUUGGCAUGGCACAUGUAAUGUGGUGGUGUUAUCCCACUGUUUUCAUCACUGGGAGGCCAAACUUAUCAACUCCAUAUCAUCUGCCAGACCUCCUGGUGCAGUGGUGGUAACAGCAGCCACUGCUGGAAAGGGUUUAAUUGACCUGUGAGCCAUCUGCCAUCCCGAUGUUUCAGGGUAUUACUCUAAAGGCCAGAGUAGGAGAGGAUCUAGACGAGUUACUUAUAUUGGAGCAGAAAUGGUUACUUCCAAAAAUACUCAAUGCAUUUCUUUUCUUUUGCCAUGUAUUUUCCAAUGCAUCAUUUAUUUUGCAUAGCUUUUGGAUUAUAUUGCAGAAAUGACUGAGGACAAUGUCAGUAAACUUCCUAGAAACAUUGUUAAUUUAAUGAUGAGUUAAGGGAUUGUGCCAACAAUGUUAGUUUUUUGGGGGGGUGGAGUGGCCAGUGUCAGUCAGACUAGAGAGAGUCAUUGCAUGAGUGGAGAGUAUUAACAUGGAACCAAGUAUUAUGAACAUCUGGCAACAAACUACAUGUAUAUCUGGGCACUACUGCAUUGAUCCAACCCUUAAGAUUUGUCAUCAACAAUGGCCAACAUGUUUUCUAUUAGCCUGUACAUCUUAGCAGACUGUGGUACUUGACCUUUGUGACCUAAGUUAGCCUCCAGUAUGACAUCUAGGACUUAAAUGUUUUAUUAGAUGUUGGCUGUUUCCAGGGGUGCAACUUUCACUGCGUAUGGUGCAUUUUUACCCCCCGCCCCAGUUGAAUCACUGGAAUGUCAUACAAAAUGUGUUAACGCUGUGCUUUAGGACCAUGCAGAAGCCUCCGAGCAUUCAUUCGGGUAGGGUGUUUAUCCGACUGAAUAAAAAAAGUCUCCCCCCACUUCUAAAACCAAAGUUGCGCCCCUGGCUGUUUCUAAUGACAUACUUUUGCAAUCAAUGUAAUGUAUCUAAAUAUACAACCAUUAAACAGAUCCUCAUUUUGCUAA